AAGUGGGGUCGACUGCCAUCGGAUCCAUUUACUGGCCUUGAAUUUACCUCUCAUCGUAAAGCAAUCCUUAACCUCGCUCUUAAAGCUCGCAUAGAAAAGUUCCUUAUGGAAAAUUCCGAACACUUCAAAACAGUGCCACGUUCUUUAGGAAGUUCUUUUGUAAGGCGUAGCAAAAAUCGGCACGCGUCACAGUUUGCAAGUUUGUGUCAACGCCACAGUUCAACAGCUGGAACCUACUCAUCUCUGUCAGCGGCAUUCUACAAGUCUUCAUCGCAAGCUUCGGCAACAGCGACAUUGUCAUCGCCAACACUUCCAGCGAAACGGCUUAGACUUAGCGAUUCGACGGCAUAUCGCUCAGAAGCAACACUACACACUUCCACAGCAACACAAACAUCAUCUUGCACUUCGUUAUCUUUUUCGACAAAGUCAAUACCAUCUUCUGUGGGAGUAGCAACAGCGUCAUCUACUUCGUCUUCCACCACAAUUGCAACAGGCAUCGACCACGCUAUACAAGUAGCAUUAAGAAAUGUUACGCGCUACACUUGCACGCCCCUGGAAACAAAGCCUGAUACUUGUAUACUUUGUAAAACAGAAGAAUUCUCAUAUGAAAUAUUAACAUGUAAGCAUCUCGUAUGUCGUUCAUGUCUUGUACAAUUGACGAAGGACGAAAUGUGUAUUUGCAAGACCAGUUUCCGCACAGCCGAUGUUGAACGCUAUCAUAAAUUGUAAGCUCUGAAUAAUUUAUGCAUCGUAAAACACAUAUGUAUUUAUCGGCAGUUUUAACACUAGAACUGAUUAAUGAGCCUAAAAGUAGUCGUAAAAUUGCUAGUUUUGUUAAAUAUUUUGCCUCAUUUUUAAUACGGCCGCUGUUAUAAAUCGUUGGGGGGAUAAAUGUGUGGUUUACACAUAAAACGACAUGAGUCCAGUUUUUGUUAACUGCUUUUGAAAACGAAAAACUCGAUUUGUAUGUAACCUUUUUCGAUAUGAUUGAGUUAAGUUUUGUAAAAUGGCUUUAAUGGAAUAGAUUUUGUGAUUUAACGUUUAUAAAAAACUAUUUUUUAUUUUAUGUAUAUUGUUUCUUAUACAUGUUCCCAACGACUUGUAACAGGGUUAAUGGAUAGUUAAUUUAGUCUCAGGCUAGGUUUAAGCAAUAUUUAAUCAGCCUUAAAUAUAAUAAUCGUAAAAUGAUAAACAUAAUAUAUUUAGCUAGGCAACCAGCUAUUGAGUUAAUUUGUAAUUGGUUUGUAUCGAUUAGAACAGGGAGGGAAAAGAAGUAAAACACAAUUUAAGGUUAAUUAAUUUCAUAUUUUUAAGUACUAUAUGUUUAGAUUGCUAGCCAGUUUACGCUCGAUAGACUUGCAACCAAUCAAAUUGAGUCAUUUUUAUCUUAGGAUGGAUUACUGUUGAUUCAAGUGUAUACAUAUGUAAUACUGUAAUGUGCGAUAAAAAAAAAUAACUUCUAAAUUAGCUGAACUUAAUUUUUCUGUACCGGUAAAAAAGUUUGCGUAAAUCAACCCAUACCAACUAAAACAUCUCGUUGGCGGAUUAGAGUAAAAUUGUGUCAUAUAAUUAUGUCUCCCGAACAUCGCAAUGGAAUUUAAUAUAAAAAACUUUGUAUUUUUUUAUCGCACAACACUUUAUGAAUAUGUUUUCUAUAAUUUGAACAAGUAAUACAUAUACAUACAUCGUCAUAUUAAAUACAUACAAUACAUAUAUGCAUAAAUAUAAUAUUUUCCAAUUCGUCGCCAGGGUCAAAGAUUGUCGUAUGUUAAUUUCGGCAGGUUGUGGGAAAUCGCGAUUGAAGUUUGGAAUGAAAUUUUUCAAAAACGCGAAGAUAGAUUUUCUCCAAAGUCUCUGAAAAUGUUACUAGUUCACAAAAUUCUUAAAUUAUUUAGUUUUUAAUGUUUAUUGUUAAUUCGUUUUGAGUUUAUGAAGGAUUUUCUUUAGUAAAAUUUUGUCGUAAGCGUCAUUUGCCCACAAUUUAACAGCCACAUUGUUUGAAAUACGACAAAAUGUGAUCAAAAUUUCUACUAAAUUAACGACACUUUUUACUCAAUCUCGGAAACUAAAGAAGAUAUCCAAAAAUGGAGAACGCCAUUUUCAAGAUAUUGAUUAGUUUAAUAUGACUGCAUCACUAACUAAAUUUUAACUAAAUUAUCGAAGUAAUUGUAGUCAAUAUCUCGGAAACUAGAGGAGAUAUCUAAAAACUGAUAACACCAAUCAAAAGGCCUUAUUUCAAAAUAUAUAACUGCAUCUAUAACUAAAAAUCGUCAAAAUUGCGCUUACGACAAUCUUUUACCCAUGCGACGAAAUGCAUUUACAUGGAAUAAAAUGUUUAAAUAAGAA